UGACAAACGGACUCUUCUUGGCAGACCCGAAAUGUUAAGUAGGUCGUUGCGCUUUUUGAAGGGUGUAAAGAAAGAUGAAAUAAAUAUAAAGAAAUUGUCAGAUGUGGCACGACAUGUACUAACCCUCAUCACCACUAUCUGUGAGUCACUCCGAUUCAACCAUAUCCUACACUUCAUAUCAGAUUUUUUCGGAAAUGAAAAUUCCAAAGCAGCCCCUGAUUGGAUUUUGGAUUUGGUGAAUCAAUGGGGAACACUAUCCAAAUUAGUUUUAAAGUACAAAGAUUCAGAUGAAAAGGAAAUAGUUGAAGAACUAGUGAAGUUUCCUAUAGUGGUUUACGAUUGGAAUAAGAAAGAGCAAGUGAAGUUAACCACAGUGGAACACUUAAAGUCUGCAAUGGGCCUAAUAAAGCGCCCAGGAUCUCAAACAGGAGAGUCAUCAAGAGGAAAUCAUUAAAUAUGAUUAUUCAUCAGAUGACCAUUAUCUAUGUGUGGCGGAUCUUCUCGAAUUGGCUGAUCUUUUGGAUGAGGCCAAUCAAUGUUACGUUGUUUCAGCCAGAUGUCUGAAUAUGGAGUGCCUUGUUUGUUGCUAGCUUGUAGAACCCUUAGCUUGUUUGGAAAAUGGCUGCUUAUCAACCAAUUCUUAGCUUGUUUGACUACAAUUAAUGUUUUGGAGUUUAAACUAUCUAAACAACUAAAUGGGUUGUUUAGUAAAUGGCUGAUUAGUUUAGCUUUUUGAACCCAAGUAGCUAAAAAUUGAAAUGCUAGCAUGCGCAGCGUUUAGGUUUAGCUUGUCCGUAUCUUAUCAGUGUUGGUCUCC